AGCAACUCAUGAGGAGGCAACAUUGAUCAAGGAGGCAUUAGCCGACUACGAGGAGGCAUCGGGUCAGGUAAUAAAUUUUCACAAAUCUAAGUUGUUUUUCAGCUCUAAUGUUGGGGAGGAAUGUAAAUUGGGCUUAACUGAUUUGUUGGGAGUCGGUACGGCCGGGACAAAUGAGAGGUAUCUUGGGAUGCCUGCCCUCAUUGGUAAGGGGAAGAAGGAAAUUCUAGAUUAUCUCAGACAGAGAGUGGUAAAUCGUAUUCAUGGCUGGAAUAAUAAAUUUCUUUCUAAGGCAGGUCGUGAGGUUUUGCUUAAAGCGGUGGUACAGGCAAUGCCAACCUAUGCUAUGAACGUAUUUCUACUGCCCAUCGAGCUAUGUAAAGAAAUUGAAGUUAUUAUGAACGGCUUCUGGUGGAAAGGAAAGGCAGGGAUUGGGAUACGUUGGAAGGAUUGGACCGCUCUUAGCAAACCGAAAAGUUAUGGUGGCUUGGGAUUUCGGAGGCUUCGGGAGUUCAAUUUAGCCAUGUUGGCCAAACAAUCGUGGCGUCUCUUCAACCACCCCGAGUCUCUUGUCGGUAAAGUCUACAAAGCCCGAUAUUUCCCCAAGGGUGAUUUUUUGUCGGCCAAAAUUGGAAAUAACCCUUCUUUCAUAUGGAGGAGCCUUUUCCAAACACAGGAUAUUAUCCGGGAGGGAUACAAAUGGCGAGUUGGUAAUGGGAAGUCGAUCAAUAUUUGGGAUGAUCCGUGGCUUCCAGAUCAGGCUAAUCCUAUGGUUACUACGGCUUCAGGCCUUUCUCAAGCAACUGUAGCGAUGCUACUUGAUGAGUCCGGGAACGCUUGGGAUGAGGAUAUACUAACUGAUAUCUUUGUUGACCGUGAUGCUUCCCUUAUUCGAGGCAUCCUUGUUAGUUUUAGACAGGUUCCAGAUGUGAGGCAAUGGAGAUGGGAGGAGGACGGGCAUUUUUCUGUACGGAGCUGCUACAGGAAGAUUGUCUCUUCUAAUUAGACAGGCUGGACCAAGAUGUGGUCCUGGAAACUUCCCCCUAAACUUAAAAUCUUUUUUUGGCAGGUAUGUACUGGGUGCUUGCCCACGAAGGAUAUUUUACGAACCAGAAGAGUGAACUGCUCAGGAAGGUGUGGCUUGUGUGGUGACGAGGGGGAAUCCAUUCUCCAUUUAUUUCAGACCUACUCUAUUGCAAGGGAAGCAUGGAGGGUGAUUUCUUGGAGUUGGAGCAGAAUUAUUACAAGCAACUUCAUGGGGCAAGUGCAACUAGAGUUCCAAAGCAUACGAAGGGAGGAGCUCGAAAAAGUCAUUUGGGGAUGCUGGGCUUUAUGGUGUGAAUAGAAUCAGCGUCUUUGGCAGAACUCUUUUUCGAGUGCAGGUCAGUUCAUGUUGAAAGCUCAAACUUUUGUUUUGGGGUGGGCUCGAGCUCAGAAUGAUCGCAGAGGGAGAUUGCAGGAGAGCUGCAAGGCCAAGCCGUUCUGGUACAGACCAUCAGUGUGACGGCUGAAGUUGAAUGUUGAUGCGGCGGUGCGGGAAGACAAAUGUGGGCUCGGUUGGUGUCUCCGUGAUGCGGCUGGAAGCUUUGUGACAGGGGCAGCAAAACCUUGGACGGGGCGACUCUCCUCUCUGGAAGCCGAACUUAUUGGAAUUAGGGAGGCUUUAAGUUGGUUACAGGGGACGGAUUGGAAGAUAGUUGAUGUUGAAUCAGAUGCUUCCCGUGCCAUUAUGGAGAUUACGAGGGGUUCCAGCUGCUCUUCGUAUGGUUUGGUUGCUGAUGACAUAAGAGAUAUUGCGAAGAUUUUUUCUAGCAUUUCUUUCUCUCAUAUCAGGCGGUCAGCGAAUAGGGUAGCUCAUGAGCUUGCUAGAGCAGCUUGUUCUAUGUCUGAUUUGCAUUCUUGGUUUUAUUAUUACCCGUUGUUUUUAUCUUCUGUCCUGAACAAUGAUUUAAUCAAUGAAAGCUAGAUAUUCCC